AUGACGUGCUCGGACGUGAUCAGCGGUAUUUCCGCUACUAUCACCAUCCUUCAGGAGUCUAUUAGGUCCUUGGAUGAUGCUUCCGCCACUAGCAUGUUGCCUAAGACCCUGCGAACCGUGCGAUGCCAACUUCCUAUCGUUGUUGAUAUUAUUCAGACACUAUUGGAGCACUCCGACUCUGCAGAUUCAUUCUGCUGCUUGAGCCUAAUUGUUGAUAAUUGUAGCGGGCACGCUGCGAGGAUGAAAAGAAUUCUCGAAUUCGUCUUUGAUGGAGACGACACAUGGGAAAAGCGAUAUGCCGAGGCCAUCAGGACAUUCGGUGACAUAACAACGGUCGAGUCGCUCCUGAAAUCGAUUGCUGAAGAUAUCCGGUCUUUUAUCAUGCACAACCCAGUUAGUGAUGAUCAUUUGAAGCGAAAGUCCGAGCUUGACGAGAUCAUUCAUGAGAUGAGAUCUCUCAUGGCUUUCAGCUUUCAGAUUCGCCGUGGGCUGUGUUUUGGUCGGGCGCCCUAUCUAGCAUCAGGGCACUUCGUUGGGCGCGAAUCACAGCUUGAUGAGAUCAGGCGCUUGGAAUCGAGCCGUAUGUCUCAGAAACUACAUCGUCUGGUCUUUGGUGGCAUUCGUGGAGUGGGCAAGACGCAACUUGCCAUUGCCUACGGUCAUCGCUUCUCCAAUUAUUAUGAAUCGUGCUUUUGGCUCGAUGCAUCAUCAGAGAGUACGAUGAACAAAAGCUUUCGAACUUUGGCCACUCUCAUAUUUCAGUAUCAAGACAUUCGAGAUCUUCACGAGAGGGACAUCAUGGUACGUGUACAUGAGUGGCUAUCUGACGCGACAAACACAAGAUGGCUUCUUGUGUUUGAUGGAUACGACAGUUUAGAGCAUUUCGACAUUGAGACGUUCUACCCCUCAGCUUCUCAUGGAACCGUUAUUGUCACCACGCGAAGACCAGGUCUCAUUGCUGGACAAAAAGUCCAGGUCAGCCCCUUGGAAAAUGUGGAAGACAGGCUUAAGAUCCUCCAAACCCGAUCGGGAAGGAACAAAUCUCAAUUCGGUAUGUCAUUGAUUGUUACGGUCAUCGCUUUCUAA